CCCACUUCCGGUCCAAGAGUUUGUAAACAAUGAAAGGAGAUAUGGAGUCGUCAAGAGGUCUUACCUAAAAAUAUUGCCCUGUACAGGCCAUAACAAGUGCAUAAUAUGUGUCAUGCGUGCCGUGCACACCCGUAAGGAUUAAACCAGCCGGGACGUAUAGGUUUUCAAGGAUUCCCUCUUUUUAAAACAUCUUUUGUGGGUGUGUGAAAAUCGGAUCGCUGUCUGGCGAGGCGUUUGUUUUUCUACAUACUAGACAGACAUCAGACACAACGGUCUGCAGAAAGGACGAUCUCUAAACACAGCGGAAGCCUGGCGAGUCUUUUAAAGGCCACCUAGACGUGUUUUUAGCGGGUUUGUCGUGUGGUGCAGGGUCAGCUCGAUGGGGAACUGUCUGUCUUCUCAAGGCGCUGAUGAUCUGUCCCUGCUGAACGAGUCCGAGGGGGCGAGUCUGCCAGGAGAGCCUCCGCCACCCUACCAGGAGCGGGUGCAGGUGCCAGUGUACCAUCCCACGCCCAGUCAGACGCGGCUGGCCACUCAGCUGACGGAGGAGGAGCAGGUCCGUAUCGCUCAGCGCAUCGGGCUCAUCCAACACCUGCCCCGUGGGAUCUUCGACCCGGGCUCAGAGCCGUCCGACAAGAAGAUCAAAGAGUGUGUGAUCUGCAUGAUGGACUUUGAGUACGGCGACCCGAUCCGGUUCCUGCCCUGCAUGCACAUCUAUCACGUGGACUGCAUUGACGCCUGGCUCAUGCGCUCCUUCACUUGCCCUUCCUGUAUGGAGCCCGUCGACGCUGCGCUGCUGUCUUCCUACGAGACGAACUGAGAGUGCCUGCGGAAAAACCGAGAGACGUGCCAAUGAUUCUGCCAAGAGCCCCGAAACGCUUGGGACAGUAGAUUGAACAAAUGAAGGUGGCGUUACUGUGUCUGUGUGUGUUCAGAGACUGUAAACAUUUCCAGUGUUAAACUUAAAAGGCCCCAGAAGGAUGUUUAAAACCUCUCACUUGCAUGUCAAAGCGCUUUUCGAACACAUAUACAUGUAAUUGAUGUAGACGUGAAGUUCUGCAAGGUGGGAAACCCACUGAAGCAUCUCUAAUGAAGACAGAGUGUUUCAAAAGGCAAUUUAAACUAGGGUUAAAUUAAUUAAUAAUA